UUUUUGCACCUUCUUAAAAACCACAUUUAUAGCCACAUUAUUAUCUUUCUUACGCUCGGCGCAGCAAAUUAUUUUAGACGCCCCGCUGAGCAAUUCUGAACUACUACCAGAAAAAUACUGACUGCAAAAACACAAUAAAAAUUUUCCGUAGAAAAGGACAAAAACAAACAUGGCUGAAAAUACAAAUAACAUUAACAGCGAUAAAGCUAUGUCAACAAGCAAUUAUAACUUUGAAGAUGCAAGACUUCAAGCUUCAAUAAGAUGGCUAAUUACUCGUAUUUAUAAUGAUCAAAAUCAAUUGCCGGAUUCUCUUUCUGAACCUUUUAGAUUGAAUAGCGAGGAUCGAAUUGAAUUAGCACAACCAGUCAUUUUUUGUUUAACUAAUGGAUCUUUUUAUGGUCAAGCAGCGGCGAAAAUAUUCCAUGAUCCUUCUUUUUUGAAUGGAGAUCUUGGUCUUCUUUUCCAUGCUUUGACGCAAGCAGGAAUUGAUGUUAAGGACAAGGAUGGGCAAUCUGUUACGAUAGAAUUGCUGAGAAGUCAAUCACCAUUCAAUACGAAUUCUCAUCUUGUAUUUAUUGACUCUUUGAUGGUAGCUCAUCUUCGUUCAAUUAUCUCAAUCGAUAGAGUAGUUCAAGCAAUAUCAAAUUAUGCUGUAAUUGAGAAAAGAGAAGAACCAUUGGAUUGUGUUGAUGCUUUGUUAUUUUGGAUUAAUAAGGUUUGUUCCAUCGUUCGUGAUGAUGUUGAACGUAAUUGUGUUGCUUUAACCAAUGGAAGAAAUGAAAGUGACGAACCUUCAAUUAAUGAGACAACAAUUCCGGAGAUGGAAGAUCUUUAUGAAGACCUUUGUGAUGGAACUUGUAUCUGUACGUUAGUAUCUUUCUAUCGACCUGAUGAAUUGCCUUUAAAAGAAGUUUGUUUCAAAGAUCCAAUGAGUGUAAAUGAUUGCAAGUUUAAUUUAGAAUUGUUGAGAAAUUUUUGUGCAACAAAUUUGCCUUGGAAUCCUUUUCAUUUUCGAAUUGAUGAUAUUCUGUUUUUACAUGAGUCAUUGCAGCCGAAUGUGAAUGCCUUUCUUGCAGAUUUGUUUAUGUUUUUUGAAGGUCAACAAGUGGUGGAUUCUGAGAUUGUACCAAUCCAACAAACUGUUCAGCGCAAUUUUCUUCGAACACAACCACUUCCUGAUCAACAAGCCGAUGCAGGAAUAAUAGAAAAGAUACAAAGUGCUCGGGACUUAAACAAUGACAAAAGAAGAAAUAGAGCCUUCUCUGCUGCAACGGAUGAUGUGUUCUUUCCUGGUACUGGUUCAUUACCAAGAACAAGAAAUAUGUCUAUUGCUUCGCCCCGUCAAACUAGACUGGAGCAGAAUUUUCCUUUUCAGACAUCUACAGGCGGAAGUUCCACCCUACAUCGUUUUCCCGUCUCAAAUCAAGAUCGAGGGUUUAAUCCGCAAUUAGAACCCUGGCGAAGUCAGCUGCCUGGAUAUCAACAACAACAGCAAAAUUUUGGUCAAUUUCAAGGAUUUCAGAGAGCUAAUACACUAAAUCGUCCUUCAAAAGAUGAUGACCAAACUCCUCGUCCAUCGAGUGUUUUAAUGCAAUCACAACCACAAUUUAACUUGGGCAGUCACAAUACAUUGGUUGAUCAAUUAUCGAACCAAUUCAACAACAAUUUAAAAUUUUCCUCUCCUCCUGGUCAACGGCAACAAUUUCCUUUACAAUUUUCACAACAACCUCUAAGACAACAAGCAAAUGUUUUUGGUGUGAAUGCAUUUCCGACUUUUCAAAGUACUCCACAACAAAAUUUUACCAAUAAACAAUUUGCUUCUUUACAACAACAAGAUAUAUCUCCUAUUGGACCUCCUCCACCAGAUUCAAUUAUUUAUUCAGAUUAUUCUUUUGCGGAACAGCCAAAUACUUCAAUGCUUCAGCAAAAUAUUCAAGGGCAACAAAUGCCGCAAACAAUGCAACAUAUGCAAGGGAAUGUUAAUCCACAACUUUUUCCUGAACAACAGCAGCUGUUCCAGCAACAACAUUUCCCUUCUGCCUGCCCACAGUCAAAUUAUAUUUCUUCAACAAAUUCUAGCAAUUUAUAUUCAACACCAAUGCAAACCUUUAAUUCUGGAUAUUGUGGACAACAACAACAACCUUCGGUUUAUUAUACGCCAACAUCUUAUAAUCAAAACCAAAAUAUUGAAUAUAUGGGUGGAGGAGGACAAUUACAACAAUCAUUAUCUCAACCUUCUCAUUUACAUUUGCUACAUCAACAAAAUCAAUUGCCACAAUUAUCUCAUUCCAUUCAUAGUCAAUUUGGACAAAAACCAUCUUUUCAAUAUCAAAAUCAACAGAAUCAGCCUUAUAAUAAUCAAAUAAUGCCACAACAGCAAUACACACCAAUUCCUUCAUUGCCUUUCAAUCAUCCUGGAGGUAGCACUGUAUUUCCUGUUUCUGCUGAUCCAUUUUCUCUUACUCAUUUGCAAAAUUAUCAACAACAAAUGCAACAAUGCAACUCAAAUCAACAAAAAUCAAUUGAACAAAAUAAUAUUCCAUUUCGAUUGCAACAAGCUAAUAUACAAGAUGCUGAUAUCGAACCUGACCCAGAAAACGAUUUAAGACAAGAACUAGCCAAUUGGGGAAAAACAUAUCGUUUUACAGAAAAGCCACAACGCAAAACUUGGGCUUCUAAAAAAGUUGAAAUGCAACAAAGAAUUAUUGCAAAUAACCCUGUGGCAGCAUUAAAUGCAACUUUGCAUGGUUCUAGAUCAGCAACAGCAUUAGCUUCACAAGGAAAAGAUCAAAAUGAUUCCUCUUCUACCCCUAAAAAUGGUAGUAAUGGAGCUUCUACAUUGAGUAGUGAUGAAAGGACUGUGAAUCAAAAUAUAAACAUAUCUUUGGACGUUUCAGACUCGGAUAGUACAGAAAUGACUCCAGAAAUGCUUGCAAAACGUCAAGCGUUACUUACAAGUCAAUUAAAACGAAAGGAGAGGAUUGUAGCAAAAAGUGAAGAAAAGGAACUUGCUUCUUUAGAAAAACGACAAUCUGAAAUGCAAAAAUUAGAAUUGGCUGAACAGAGAAGGAUAGAAAGGGAGCAAAGACGUCUAAAAUGCUUGGAAGACUAUAAACGUAAAAAAUUGGAGCAGGAAUUAGGUGAACAACCAGGUGGUUCAGCACGAAUGUGUAGCUCAUCAACAAUGUCAUUAAAUAAUCGUGGACAAAGUCAACCUCCGUUUAGACGUCCAAAAAGUCAAACUAAUCUCAAUAUAAACCAAACACGUACACUUCAUCGUCCAUUUAGAGCACAAAGCAGCGUUAAUAAUGGUGGUGAUAAUGACGAAAAUGCAGGGAUUUCAGGCUCUCGUAGUAAUGUUCCGGCAUCUGUUUUGGGAGAACCUUCACUAAAAUUGUAUGCCCGACAGCAACCAAAAUCUAAUCGAACUCUUAUACUUAAUGCACUGCAAUAUAGUAUUUUCCCUGGUCAUGUAUCUAAUGAAAGUAGACAAAAGGUACAAAAUGCCAUAGCUUCAAGUGACUCUAAACACUUUCUUGUUUUAUUUCGCGACCAUAGACUACAAUAUCGAGGUUUAUAUACAUGGGAUCAAUUUUCCGAGGCUGUUCACAAAAUUGAGGGUUCGGGUCCAAAAGUUUGUCGAGAGCCAAUGAUGACAAUUAUGUAUAAAUAUGAUUCGGGUGCAAAAUCUUUUGGAAAGAUUCCAACAAAACAUCUUUCCGCAACAAUUGACGGGUUUGUAAUUGCUGAACAAUAUUGGCAACGACCAAAAAUUCCUUUUAGUGGAAGAUGA